AUGAGCGAGGUGGCCGACCGCGAGUCCUUGAGGGCAAGGAGGCCGUCGCCGGAUCUAACCUCCAUGCGCGGCUGCCUCCACAGGCUGUCGUCGAGCACGGACGGCGGCGUCGACGCCGGCUCACGGGCGGGUGCUGGCGCCGCCCAGCCCAACAAGCAAAGAGCAAGGAAACUGCAGGGCGUCGGCCUCCUUGGCUCCUCCAGCGCUCCACCCGGCGCUCCCGGUGCUCCCUCCGCAGCUCCGCUCGACCCCGAUCCCCGAAGCCCUAGCCGUCGCGCGCCCAUCGUCCACUCGCCCCGCGCGGCCGAGCAGCGCCGUGGCCCCUCCGCUCGUUCUCUCGCCAAGCACCCGAGUUGCGCCGCCGCCUGCCGCCCACUCGCGGACUCGCCCCUCGGCGGCUCGGCGGCCACUGGCCGGCCUGCGCCCGGCGGCCCAGCGCGGUCGGCCCUGCGCCCACCCCCUUGGCCCUCGCCCUCGCUGCUCCCAAGUCCCAAUGGACUCCGGCAGCGCAGCAGCAUAAACAGAAAGGGAAAAAGGAAAGCAGUAGGCUAUGGAAGAGAUCUGAAGAGCUACUUUACCCAAAGAUCUAGCAGCACUCCAAGUACUCAUGGAAGUGGAGUUGGUCUUGAGGCAUUGGAGAGGGAGGAGGUGGUGCUGCAAACUCAAGUAGAGAGCACUGAUGAUGUAGCAGUACCAAUGCCAGUUGAAGAUGUUGAAGGUCAAGCCGGUGGUGGUGUGAACUCAAGUAGAGAGCAAACUCAAGAUAAAGAUGCAAGUGAUCAAGAAAUGGUAAAGAUGAUGACAAGUUUGGUCAUGAGGCCUUUACAAGAAUUGGCUUUAAGCAAUGGAAGAAUUCCUACUUGAUAUUGCGGAAACAUGACGGUGGGCCUGAUAGUGCUCAUAAUAGAGCAAGAAUUGCAUAUGUUGAUUUUGAUAAGGAAGAGGCAAAUAUAAAAAAAAGUUGUGCAACAUGAAGAAGAUGAGAAAGUGAAGUAUGAAACUCGUUUAGAUACGGCCGUGAGUAUUGUGAGUUAUAUUGCAUUGCAAGGUGAACCAUUUCGUGGACAUGAUGAAUCAAAAACUUCUUUGAACAAAG